AUGUGUGGACGCUCCCUAGCUCUAGCUGUUCCCUCAGCAAAUGUAUCUCUAAUCUUUACGCUCAUUAAAGAAAAAAAGAGAAAACAAAAAGGGGUUGUAUCCCUCUUCUCCCCUCACCCGACCCCCCGAAACCCUAGAGAGGCCCUCGCUCUCCUCCUCCUCCGACGUAGCACCCGAGACGCCACGGUCGCCGGGGGAGUGAGCGGCAAGCGUCGAGGCGGCGGCGGUGGUGGGGAAGGAGUCCGGCGACCACUUUCUAGCUGUGCUCGUGGCGGCGUCAAAGGCGUGAAAGGAGGAGACGGAGAAGAACGUGAGCUCGAUCGAUGGCUCCUGCAGGAUAAGUCGCAGAUAGUACAAGAUGAAUUGGUAAGGCUGGGGGAGCAAAUGGUGCAUAGUGCGGAAGGAACCAGAACUAUUGCUCUGGAGCUUUGCCGAGAAUUUGAAGAUAAGUUUCUUCAGCAUAUUGCAACUGGUGAGGGUGCAGGAUGGAAAAUUGUUGCAAGUUUUGAGGGGAACUUCCCUAAUAGGAUCAAGGAACUUCCAUUAGACAGGCAUUGUGAUAUCAAUAAUGUGAAAAGAGUUUGAGCACAGGGAAGAGAACAAAAAAGAUUGUCUGAGGACUCUAUACGCCUUGAUUGAAGACGCGAUGAAAGCAGAUAAACUAGUGGAGGCGGCUCGAAACGCCUACGUCAAAGAUCGACUGAGGGCCAACCCACAAUUUAUGGAGAGAUUGAGGACAAAAAGAGCAAAAAUGCAAGGGGGGCCUCAAUCACUCCCUUUGUUCAAGUAUAUAUUCGUGGAGCCGAUUAGAAUUCGUUUAUGCUCUUUUGAUUUUGUUAUCAUCCAAUUUUUAAUUUUUUGUAUUUUUUUCAGAGUUUGAUUUAUUAUAAUUACUACAACAUAUGAGUGGAUAUUAUUGUUGUGACGUA